AUGGACACGUCGGAUCCGGUCGUUCUCGCCAGCGCAGCCACCGCGGCGCUCGUGCUCUUCCUGUUUAUAUGGCGUAUCGUUUUAUUCUUCACCGCGGAUGGUACGGGCUUCCCAUUACUCCCCGCGUUCUUGUUGUUCAUGCGCUGUGUUGUCGCCUUUCCCACGGCUGACGAAAUUUCAAAAUUGACACACGUCUCGGUCCUCUUCCCCGCAUCUCCCCGGUUCUUCACCACUUCUCUCCCGCGUAUCCCCGCGCAAUCCCCCACUCAUCCCCCCCGCAUCUCCCGCGCAUCGCCUGCUCCUCGCGCACUUCGCGCUACCGCAGCGGACUUGACGCUGCUCCUCAAGGGCGCGCCGCCCGAAGGCGCGUUCGAGGACAAGGUGGUGUGGAUCACUGGCGCCAGCCAGGGCAUCGGGCAGGAGCUGGCGCAGCGUUUCGCGGCGAUGGGCGCGCGGCUGAUCCUCUCCGCGCGCUCCGCGGAGCGCCUGGAGGCGGUGCGCGCGACGUGCCGCGGGAAGCACGCGCCGGAGGGGGUGGUGGUGCUGCCGUUCGACCUCAAGGGCGGCGCGGACGUGCUGCGCGGCGCAGUGCGCCAGGCGGAAAGCGCGUUCCGCGGGGAGGGGGAAGAAUCCAGCGGGGUUGACGUGCUGGUUGUGAAUGCCGCCCAUCCGCGCCCGAAACUCACAUGUGAAGAUACUCCAGAGGACACUCUCCGGGGCAUGUUAGAGGUCAACGUGGUGGCUACCAUAGAGCUCACGCGCUACCUGCUGCCGUGCAUGAUGCAGCGCAACAAGGGGCAGAUUCUCGUGGUGAGCAGCGCAGCAGGCAAGCUCCCAGCGCCCACUCAAGGCGUCUAUGCCGCCACCAAGCACGCCCUGCACGGGUACUUCAACACACUGCGGUAUGAAGCGGUGCAGCACGGUGUGGCCGUCACGCUUGUGUGCCCUGGGCCGAUCGCCACUGAGGGGUCGGCUGAGGGAGCUAUCAAAUCCGCCUCGAAAUCAUCCGUUGAUCAAGCACAAGAUGCUGCCGCUGGUGCUGAGGGAGACGAGAAAGACUCUCGCAUGCCAGCAUCGCGGUGUGCAGAGCUCAUAGUGAGCGCUGCUGCUUGGAAGCUGGAAGAAGCAUGGAUCUCCAAACAUCCUGUGCUGCUACUCAUGUACCUCGGACAGUAUUUCCCUGCCACCUGCAGCAUGCUCUUCAAAAAGAUCGGACCCAAGAGAGUGCAAGCACUCAAGACUGGCAGCAGCAACAUGUAUUCUACAAGCCUCCUAUUCACCCGUGCAUCAAAGUCUUCUCCCUCCUCCUCACUCUCCUCCUCACUCUCCUCCUCAUUCUCCUCUUCCUCCUCCUCCCCCCUCUCCACCUCUACCUCUUCCCCCAACCGCUCACCCUCUCCCUCACUCCUACCCCGCGCAACCCAUCAACCCCACAAGUCCCUCUCUUCCCCAUCCCUCACCCGCACACCCUCACACAUACCAGUGCAAAGAUCCACCACCCCCUCCCCUCGCUCCUCCCCUCCUCGCUCCUCCUCCCCUCUCUUCUCCCUCUCCUCACCAUCUCUCUCCCCCUCAUCCCUCUCACCCGCCCUCUCUCCCCGCCGUUCACCCAUCUCUGUCCUUCCCCACCCCUCCUCGCACCAAACCUUGUCUGCUACCAAGCCACCCCUUGAUCUGGCCAACUGA